AUGGGCACUCUCCAAAUGGUGGCGCCAUUUCUGACGAGUCUACCGGUUCACGCUUUGGUAGCACCAGCGCUUUUCGGGCCGACGACGUUGGUGGCUCUGGCGUCGGUCGCUCUGGCGUUGGUCCCAAGGACGACAGGGAAGACGACGACGACGAUGCCGCCGGCAACCGGGCUGACGACAUUGGUCGCUCUGGCGUUGGUCCCAAGGACGACAGGGGCGACGACGACGACGCCGGCAACGCCGACAACGGUGGCGGCGCUGUUGGCAUGGGUGGUCUUGGUUGCCCCGAGUUUCGCUGCUCUAAGAUCAUCGCCACGCGUUCAAGAAACCCUCCGACCAAAGUGGUAUCCUGACUGGGAUCAACAAUCGCGUUUGGGUCCAUUGUGUAUAGGUCGAUAG